AAGGCUUGGGUGCUGAAGUCAAUUAGUAAAAAUAGGAGGGAAUGGAAGUGCAAGCUGAAGAAACUCCAUUACUCUUCUCAUGAGACUGAUGAGGAGCGGCUCGCAGAUCUUGAUGAGCGGGUCCAAGAGGAUCAAUGGAAGACUCUCGUUCAAUUUUGGAGCUCUGAAGAGGGGAAGGAUCAUUCUAAAAUAAAUAUAGAGAAUCGGAAGAAACAACUGAUUAACCACGCGGCAGGCACGAAGAGUUUUGCGCGAAUACGGGAAGAAGAGAGGAAAAAGGCCAAUGGGGAGGGUCUAAGCCGAGCAGAUAUGUUUAUAUUGACUCAUACAUGAAAAAAUGGAAACCCUGUGGAUGAGGCCUCAUCAGUAGUAAUGCAAAACUCAAUGAAGAAAUAUCUCAGCAACCUGGAGCCUCACAGAAUAGCACGACAAAGAAUGACCUAUUAUCUCAAGUCAUGGGAGAAGAUAUGCAUGGUCGUGUCCGCACUUAUGGGUUAGGACCAUCUCCAUCUGAUUUGUGGGGCGCAACAUCCAGCCAGCAAAGGAUGGCCUCCAUUGCUCAAAGGAGAGAUGAAAGAUAUGAGGAACUACAUGCUGACAUAGUCUCUCUAAAAGAAAAUAUAGCUGCACUCUCAUCCUUAAGAGAAGCUGAAAUGUCAUCCCUUAAAGAAACUAUGGUUGAAAUCUCAUCCGUAAGAGAUGUUGAAAUUUCUUCCUUAAAAGAAACUCUGAUGAAAUUGAUAGCUACUGUGAACAAUGCAAACAAUAACCCACCCACAGUAUUUGGUGUUGCAGUUAGUUUUAACAUGAACCAACCGUCCUCAUCAUCAAGCCAUUGGGUGACCUCUCGGAAAUGCUCGACGAAUAAGGGGAAGACCACGAGUUGCACUAGUGCCGGGGAUGUGACUGGAGUUAGUCUUACAAGUAUCACGAAACCCAGGUUACUAUUGCUAAAGGAGUUGUUUUAA